UAAUAUUCCUCUUCUUCCCCAAUCUGUGUUAUCAGGGUAUCAGUUUCAGAGAAACAGAGAAUGGAGUCCACAACCUCCUCAGUCUCCGUUUCUACCUCCUCAAAAUCCAAACGCCUUUUAUUUGACCGUCGUUACGGUUGGGUAAUUGAUGAAUGGAAAGACCCAUCGGAGGAAGCUCUGGCCGGUGGCCGUGGAAUGUUUUGCAUACUGCCUCUAGCAAAAGCUGCGAUAAAGAUGGCUUCACAGUCGAUUAGUCUUGCAGCAAGCUCCGCAGUAAAAGCUCUUGAAAAGCCAGAACUAUUUUCACCUCAGCUACUGCAAGCUAGUGUAAAUGAUCAGCUUCACAAAAUCACGUCUUCUUUGCCAAAGCCAGACUUGAACAAUUUGUUACUCAAAGGAAAUUUGUCUCAAGCUGCCAGUUCCUCAUCUUCACGUGAACAACUGGAAAGCAGUAAUUCGCAGAUGACGUAGAUUGUUUUCAUUUCUUUAAAUCCUUGAUUGUAUUAUACUUCCAGCAUAAUAUUUGAGGUUGUAACAACAUUGUAUAUCAAGCAUUCAAGCAAAUGAAAUGUCCUUUCCCAUUUUGAAGAUAAUUAUUCUCA